AUGUCUUCCAAGGUCGAUGCCGCCGAGAACGAAAAGGGCAACAAUGACCGUCUCGAAUCCAACUCACCUGAAGUGCAGCAGGGCACGGUCACGCCGGUACACCCUGAAACAACUCGUCGAAAUCUGAAAUCCCGUCAUAUUCAGCUGAUUGGCAUUGGGGGUACUAUCGGCACUGUUCUUUAUGUCCAAAUUGGAAAAGGCCUCCUUAAUGGUGGACCGGGUAGUCUAUUCUUGGCAUUUAGUAUAUGGUGCACUUUCGUCCUCGCCGUUACAAUCUCCGUGGCCGAGAUGGUCACAUUUAUGCCCAUCUCAUCGCCGUUUAUCCGCUUCGCUGGCCGUUACGUCGACGAUGCGUUCGGGUUUGCUGCUGGCUGGAAUUUUUUUAUCUUUGAGGCGGCCCUUGUGCCCUUUGAAGUUGUGGCCUGUAAUCUUAUCAUUCGGUUCUGGAGUGAUGCGGUUCCUGUUGGCGUAAUUAUCGCCAUUAUUAUCGUGCUAUACGCGAUUUUGAAUCUCCAGGCUGUCCAGUGGUAUGGGGAGUCUGAAUUCUGGGCGGCGAUGGGGAAGUUACUCCUGAUUAUCGGCCUGAUCAUGUUUACCGUUGUUACUAUGCUCGGUGGUAACCCGAAGGGAGACCGCUUUGGGUUUCGGUAUUGGAACACCCCGGGGGCAUUUGCGGAGCUCUACUAUACUGGCACGCUUGGGAAAUUCCUUGGGUUCCUGCAAUGCCUUAUUCAGGCUUCGUUUACUAUUGCUGGGCCCGACUACGUUUCGAUGAGCGCCGGAGAGGUUCAGAACCCACGCGUCACCAUGCCGCGGGCCUUUAACACAGUUUUCUACCGGUUAACAGUUUUCUUCGUCCUCGGGUCGCUUUGCGUCGGGAUCCUAGUUCCAUUUGAUGACAAGGAAUUAACGGAUGCCCUUGAAAAUGGCGAUACUGGUGCAUCCGCAUCUCCUUAUGUUGUUGCGAUGAAUCGUCUCGGUAUCCGGGUACUUCCUCAUAUUGUCAAUGCGACAGUCCUAACAGCAGCAUUUUCUGCUGGCAACGCAUACGUGUACUGCGCGACUCGGUCUCUAUACGGCCUGGCACUAGAGGGAAAGGCCCCCAGGUUCUUUGCUUUCUGCACCAAGAAAGGGGUGCCUGUCUUUGCUGUUGCACUUGUGCUACUCGUGGCACUGUUAUCAUUCCUCCAGCUGUCAUCUAGCAGUGCUGUCGUUCUUGACUGGCUUGUAUCUCUCGUCACGGCAUCGCAGUUGAUCAACUUCAGUGUAAUGUGCACCACGUAUCUAUGCUUCUAUCGCGCACUCAAGGCACAAGGCAUCUGCCGCGACAACCUGCCAUAUAAGGGCAUUUUGCAACCGUAUGCAGCAUGGUAUGGGCUUGUCGGCACUUUCAUCAUGACGUUCGUCGGUGGCUAUACCGUAUUCCUGCCCCUGGAUGGCUUCUGGCAGGUGUCGGACUUUUUAUUCUCGUACGUAGUCGAUGUGACUCCUCCCUUGCGAGAAAGGAACCAGGCCAGCCGAACUCACUUGCUAUCGUAUAGGUACACUAUGAUUGGCGUGUGCCCAGGUCUCUAUAUCGGGUGGAAGCUCGUUCAUAAGACAAAGAUCAAGGAGCCGAGUGACGUGGACCUGAGAGAGGGCUUUGCCGAGAUUGGGGAGCACGAAAGGACUUACAUCCCUCGGCCGUCUUCGUAA